GUUUUUUUAGAAGAUAUUAAUAUUCUUUUUUCUUUUUAUGGACAAUAUUCUUUUUAUGAUUAUCGAAUAUUUGAUCAAAGAUUUCGUUUAUUUUUGAUAAUGCAUAGUCAAUGCAUAGUCCAUUUUAAAAUUUUCUCGACGAUAUUUGUAAUUUAUGGUAGAAUUUUUUAUAUUGGCACUGGAUUGCAUGGAAGUAUUAUGUUUUGUUUAUUAUAUGGCUUAUUUUCAAUGAUAAUUUUUUGUUAUUUUUAUAUUUUUUUUUUUUACUUUAUUUAUAUUUUUCUUUUUCAAUAUAAUUAUUACCAAAUAUUAGUAAUUAUUCUAUUAACAAUUACUAAAUUAAAUACAAUUCUUAGAGUAUUAUAA